AAACACGGGUGUCACAGGCUGGUCCUCUGAGCCAGCUGUUGACUCACUUAGGUGGAAGUGGCAGCAGCAGGUCAAACACAUGUGGAGGCUACUCUGUGCAGAAGACGAGCCAGUUUGGGCUUUAGGGACAUGUAGGACUUGGUGUCUACCUCUAGAGGCACCAAGCCACAAGUUUUCAGUCUCCUCUUGAACUGGGCUGGAAGCCACAAUGUGAGGGACAAGAUAAUCUACUGCUUUAUCGAUGAUCUGUGUGUAUUUGUAAUGUGAUGUGAAGUUAUGAAUAUCAGUAACAGGACAGGUUGGGUGAAGGGGAUAAAUAUAGGAACGCAGGGAGAGACACCAAGAACUAAACAUAAUACAAAACAUCAAAGUAACACAAAAAGAGAGGGUUUAAUGUUUUAUGAAGCAGCAGCUAAUAACUAAAACAUUGAUUCUUCCAGAGGCGCUGUCAUCUCGUUGUUAUUAAAUACAACAGAACCAUUUGAUUUGUCAGCUUCUCAGUGUUUAUUUAUCACAGGCCAAUGCUGCUGUCAUUACUUUUAUAUAUUGCUUUUCUGAAACCAUGACGUAGGACGCGAUGGGCUUAAUCAGUUCAGCAGAUUUUUCUGCAUCCAGGUUAUUGUGGUUAUUUUAAAGCAGCUGUGUGUUGUUAUAUUACAUGCUGUGUCCUUCAACACACUCCUUCUUUGAAAGCUCAAGUCAAAGCUUUGAGUCAGUCAGGGCUGACUCAAACCCUGGAGCUUCCUAGUAAUUACCCACCCUGCCUCAUAGAGUUUAGCCAUCUAGCUCAGCCUUUUGUCUUCCAAGAACCGAUAUAUGUGAACAAGGCGUUAAUCUACACUAAACAAAAUGCUUUCAGAUGUUUACUUCAACAUUGUCACAAAAUGGCCUACAAGGUAUCAUGAAAUAAUAGAUCAAAUGAAAAUAUUCACGCUUUGGAUAAGACAACAUGAAGACAAAAAGCCAUCUUCAGCAAAUCUAAUGAAUUUGAGAGGAGAUUUGGCAGCCCAGCGUUCAGAUGCUAAAUGAAGCUACUUCCCUUCCCAGCUCCAGUAAAAUCAAUCAGCCAGUGCUUCACUACUGAACACACAUACACACACACUUAGUGGCAAAUUCACUGUUCUGAUAAGAAAUGGCAACAACAACAAAAAUAAAAAGACCAUUUAUUAAGCAAACGUGACAACCUGGUGCAGCCUCCCAACAAACUGCCACAUGCCAGCGUCCUGCUCCACUGAAGACGUGCGCCAUAAAAUAUCCUACAUCCCUGUCCACCAACCCAGCGACAUCACAUAUAUUUAGGAUGGACUUAAUAAAACAAAAAACAAACUGUUAGUCAAGGGGAAAGCAAAACUAUCCAUCACAAUACGACAUGCAGCCUAACACAUGCUGCUUGUUGAACUGCCGGACAGGACACACAAAAAAAAGCCCUACACUGUGACCGGUAGAAGAUCGCUGAUGAGAUGGUGAACUGGCCUUUGUGCACACAGUGCUGCCUUCUCACAUGCGGAGGUCACAUUCCAGUUCAGGAUGUUUCCUGCAUAGCUGUCAUUUACUCUUGGUGUCUCGUGAGAGUCACGCUGUAUAGACCCACACCCUGCAGGCAGUCCUCUGCUCAGUCUGGCUGUUGGAGGAGUGACACAGACGGAGGAGUUCAGACUGGUAGCGGCUCUUUGUUGGUUUCCUUCUAUUGUUUUCAAUGGGCGGCGGCAGCAGCAGGUUGUUUGGUACGUUGGCCCAGUCCCUGAACAGCAUUACCUUGGCCCAGUCGGACCUGUACCCUGAGGAAAGCCCAGACCACCAUCAGGAGUUGGCUGAAUUAGACCCUGACCAGCUGCUCAGAGAGUGCGAGGAAGCCCUGCAGAGGCGCCCGGCCCGCCCACGCCGGGACCUGGUCUAUCCCACUGGAAGGGUCCCUCGCCGCUGCAAAAACAACCCUUCAGUUCGCAUCAUGCAGUGGAACAUACUUGCACAAGCUCUUGGAGAAGGGAAGGAUGGGUUCAUCCGCUGUCCAAUGGAUGCCCUCAACUGGCAAGAAAGAAAGUAUCUGAUCCUGGAAGAGAUCCUCACCUAUAGCCCUGACAUUGUGUGUCUCCAGGAAGUGGACCACUUCUACGAUACCUUUCACCCAAUCAUGUCCAGCCUAGGUUACCACAGCAGCUUCCUGCCCAAACCCUGGUCUCCCUGUCUGGAUGUAGAGCAGAAUAAUGGCCCUGAUGGCUGUGCUCUGUUUCAUCGCAGUUCCCGUUUCUCUCUUGAUGCCUCGUCUCACCUGCGGCUGUCAGCCAUGAUGCUGCCCACCAACCAGGUAGCUAUUGUCCAGAUGCUGAAGUGCAGAGUAACGGGCCGGCAGCUGUGCGUGGCAGUCACCCAUCUGAAAGCUCGUAGUGGCUGGGAGAGGCUGCGGAGUGCGCAGGGUGCUGACCUCCUGCACAAUCUACGCAGCAUAACGUCCCUGGGUGUUCAAAGCAACACAGGGCCGGUGGCUGUGCCUAUAGUAGUGUGUGGCGACUUUAAUGCAGAGCCCUCGGAGGAUGUCUACUGGCGCUUUAGCUCCUCCCCCCUCGGUCUGAGAUCUGCAUACAAGCUGCUGAGCUCUGACGGACAGACUGAGCCGCCCUAUACUACGUGGAAGAUCCGGCCCUCUGGCGAGAGCUGUAGCACGCUGGACUAUAUCUGGUACAGCCAUCAUGCUUUGAGUGUGGACUGCCUAUUGGACAUUCCCACAGAAGAGCAGAUUGGCCCUGAUCGGCUGCCCUCCUACCACUACCCCUCCGACCAUCUAUCAUUGCUGUGUGACAUGAGCUUCAGGGAGGACGUGUAGCUUCUUGUGGACGACAGCUUAUCCAGGAACUGAAGCGGGCUAUAAAGGCAGCAGACGUCCUGGUAACGGACAAUUUGACGUCAUCUACUCGAAACAAGCUGGUGGGAUUUAGCAAAAAUGUUUUGUUCCUUUACCUUCAACUUUACCUGUUACGGCAGCUAAAAGAUUUGUUUGCUGAAGCUGGUUUACUGAAAACUAACUGCAGCUCUUUAUUUAAUUCCAGUAAGUACUGGAUAUAUAAAUCUAACUUUAUUUUACAUAUUAUUGAAAUUUCUAUGGUUCUAACAAAGUUGACUCCUUCUGUUGUAUGGUUCUUCAAUGUUACUGAACAUGAAAUAUAUUAACUUAUUAAAUAAACGAAUUAUUUUAAAUCUGA